ACCAUCCCAUUUUGUGCCGGCGAGACUUCGACGUGGUUGCCGCAACUUUUCUACUCCGUUCUUCGGUCUUCCUACCAUCGUUACCCGCAUCCAUCGCAGACAAGCUUCGCCUGUUGUAGCGCUGAUCAUCAGACGCAAGUUUCGCCUGAGCACCAGGUACGAGCAGAAGUCGUCCAACAUGAAGAGGGCAGUGGGCGUGGGAGUGCCCUUGGGGAUGAUUUUGGCCGUCUCGGCGUACCUCAUCCUGACUGCGUCAAACAAGAACCCAUUGUCGAAACCCGGAGAGCGUGUCAUCAAACGGUCCCUAGCAUUGCCAGAUGAACUCCAAGAUGCCCUUCAAGCAGCAACUGCUGAAAACCCCCCUGCUUACGUCAAGGACAAACGCUUCCUCCCGGCCAUUGCGAAUCUUGCUGGAAACCUUUUAUCAUCAGGAGGAAGCUUCGACGCAGGAAAACUGACCGACACAAUAAAUCAACUGGGCGGCAUGGAGAACAUGGGACCGGACAUCAUGGCGCAAAGUGUGAAACAGGAGGCUGAGGUCACCGCAGAAGUGGAAAAAGAGGUUGCCGAGGAAACGGUCGAUAAGAUAUUUGGACAAACUGAACAUGACAAGAAAGAAGAGGACGGAGACGGUGAUGAUGGUGGUGGCGGCGGUGACGGCCAGGAGCAUGAGAUAAAGGCUGAAGUGGACUUCGUUGCAGAGAAGGGUAUGGUUGAGGAUGACAUGUUCGCCCCACCAGGGAUGCAGAUGAAAAUAGACGUGGAGGAAGACCCACAGAAGGACAGCGAACCCGAUCAAAGCUCCCAACCAAUGGCGUUCUCUUACCCCAUGGGAAUGGGCUCUGCUCUGAUGAACGGAUGUUUCGGAACAGGAUACAAAGAGGGCGAUCCGUGCUGGAACAAGAAGGAUGUCAUCAAGAACUGCUGGGACAUGAUGGAGGGGUGUGGCUACAUCGGGGUCGGCUUUGAUGGUCGCGGAGACUACAGCAGCACGUCCAGAAGGAAAACUGUCGUGCAGCGUAAUUGUGAGAACCAGGCCACGUACCACGAUGAGGACGUUCCUGACACCAUGAACGUUCACGGCAUCUUUGACACGGAAGUCGCCUCCUACGUCUUUGAGUCCAGACAGGCUUAUCGCCAUUCCCUCCAGAUGAAAGCCGGGAUGUCAUUUUCCGGAUUUGGCUUCCAGGCUGCAGUUGAGGCAGCAUAUGGGAGGGAAACAUCAUCACAGAAACAGUCCUUCAUGUCUCUGAUUCAGUGUAACGUGAUCAGGUAUGAAAUCUUCCUGGAUGAGAUCACGCCCGAUACCCUGAGUCUGCCCUUCCUGCGGGACUUCUUGUCUCUUCCGAAAAAUUUCAUCGUGGGGCAGGCAAAGCUUCAAAAGUUCAUCAUCCGCUAUGGAACUCAUUACAUCAAGUCGGCAAAGUUCGGUGGUUCCUUCAGGCUGUUUAAGACUCAAGAAGCCUCCAAGACUGGAAGUAUCGAAGAUUUCUCUGUCCAGGCCCAGUCUUCUUAUAAUUCUCUUUUUUUCAACGCCGCUGGUCACGCUGGAAUGGGAUCGUCCAGUGAAUCCGCGCAGUCUUCCAAGACCUCCAACACCCACGUGACAGUUGAAGGAGGCGACCAGGAAGUUGCAUCCAUCGUAGCUGACUUCUACUCAACCGGGUUCAAAGACACCUUCGCGGAGUGGCUGAAGUCUAUCCCUACAUACCCCAAACCCAUCGAGAUGUUCAUGGGCACCAUGUCGGAGCUGUUAGACUUGAACUACAAGCUGCUCUUCCCUUUUGACAUCAAAGAUGCUGCAGACGGCUGCUUCAGUGAAAACCUGAAGACCGAAGACUUUACAGGAAGAAAGUACUAUGAGGUGAAGAAGAUGUUGAACAACAGCCAAGGAGUGAUGGAACCUGCCACUGAGAAACGGUAUUGUGACUACACGUCCGUGGACAAGUUUCAAGAAGGAAUGGACAAGAAACGACUCGCACUGGAAAGGGCAAUCGUCAUGUACAUGGAAGAGGGACCAGUGCCCACCACGGAUUUCCGUCUGUCGGGGGGCGAACCUGGAUGUACGACUGAAGUCUUGAAUGUGAAGGGGGGCGCUUCGGGAACUACCUACCCAACAUGGCUGGAACUCAUCAAUGGUGACACUUAUAAGAUCAUCUUUGAUCUUCCUGAGAACAUCAACUACGACAUUACGAAGACCACGGAGGCCUUCCUGGUUUAUGCCAGGGGAAGAUGGAAUUGUCACAAGCCCGGAUCAAAAAUGCACAUGUACAACAGCCGUAACAAUGGCGGGAGUGGCGAUACCAGCAAAAGAAAGGUCACCUGCUUCGGUUUUGUGAUGACAUACGACGAAGCAACCGGAGCGUUUGAUGUCACGCCUGAAGACCAAGAAGCAUCCAAACAGAUUUUGGGAAACUUGCCUCGCAACUACGCAAACUCGAAUGUUGCCAGAGCUGAAUAUGUCAGCCCGUUAGAGCACUCCCAGGAAAACGGCCGUUCCUUAGCCGGUAUAGUUGAGGCGCCCUGCACGGUGAAGUGGUCCAACUCUUACCAAAUUAAGCCCGCGGAGGCCGGAGGAAGGUGUCUGUACUUCGUUGCGGCGUCUUCAGGCGACAUUUUUGUGGUGUUCUCCGCCAUUCCGAGGGACAAAAGCACCUGGUACCAUCUCCAGAUCAGUUACCAGGGUGUUGCGCUCUACAAGGGACUGAAGCUGGUAAAAUAUGAGGGAGCGAAGAGUGCCAGAAGUCUUGGUGACUCCAAGUUGUUCCAGCCUUACUUCAUUUGCCUGGAAGAAGACCAUGCGAACCAGCGAACCACCAUCAGAUAUGGCAUCGGCUCUGACACUUCCGAGAAAGGACUGGUCUACAUGGUCUACAAUGAUCGUAGUCCACCAUUGGGCAUUCGUUUCUACUCCUUUGGCAGCGGGGAAAAGGACGUGGAGAUCAUGGACGCCCGAAUCAUCGAGGGAGGCGCACAGGGAGAAAUGGAAUGUACAGGAGGAACAAUUCUGAAGGAUGGAAAGUGUGUGGAAGACUGUCACCCAGAGUGUGACGGAUGUAUCCCCAUUUCCUCUGGAUCGAAGCUCGACACGGAAUGCCGCAGAUGUAAGCACUUUUCUUAUGACAGGGGCGAUGGAGUUAUCCAGUGCGUCGCAGAGUGCCCAAACGAUUUCGAAGCAGGUGACGAUGGCAAGACGUGCGUCUGUAAGGGCUUUCUCUUCCCUAACGAUGAUGGAAGUUCCCGAUGCGUCCCGACAUGCGGAACCGGUUUCGUACCUGGCCCCGAUGGCAAGACUUGCGCUGAGGUUCCAAAAAAGUGGAGAGAGGACAGCAGGUGUGGUAACGGUUUUCCAGCCCCAGGAGCGAACCCUGCGCAGUGUAACCCUAAGUCAGAUAGGCCCUGCUGUUCAGGGGGCGGAUGGUGCGGGAGAACGUCAACUCACUGCGAUUGCAAUACAUGCAAGGACUAUCGCAACAACGUGGCGCUGAAGAAGCCAGCUUACCAAAGCAGCACUCAUGAAUCCUUUGGUGCCAGCAAGGCCGUAGAAGGAUUCACCGCAGGCAACUUUUGGGCACAAACCUGCACCCACACUAAUACUGAAGCCAACCCCACCUGGUGGGUGGAUCUUGGUCAAACAGUCAAUGUUGCAAGGUGCGUGCACGGUAUAUCAUGAAAAACAAUGGGUUCGGACAUGGUCGGUCCUUGCAUCUUCUUUGUAAUCUCCAAGCAGAUACUACUGUAGCAUAA